CGGUAUUCCCUUGUUGCACCCGGACGAAAUAAGAAGACGUACCAUGAAUUCAAGCGUGGAAAACACCACCAACGUUGUCAGGAGGAAUAAAGAGGAGAAGAAAGUUCUUCGAAAACAAAUAAAAGCUAGUCACACUUUGCUGAAACAUGAAGGCAUCAGUACGACAUCGCAGCCGACCAAGAGUUUGGUGGUGGCUAACGGCGGCCUGGGGAACGGCGUCGGUCGUGAGGAGCUCUCCGCUGUGCUGAAAGAGAUGGGAGAGGUGGAGACUCUGGUUAUGCCCCCUUACAAGCCCUAUGCUUUUGUCACGUACAGAUCAGAGGAAACUGCUCGGAAAGCCCAUGUCCAGCUUAAUGGCCAAAAGCUGCAAUGUGGAGAGAACAGUGUCACUCUCUAUCUCAUUUUUGUCGACUCAGUAACCUGUGAAAAGGAGGCGUCUGUCCCUCUGCCAGAGGGGUUAGUGUUGGUGGAAGACUUUGUGUCUCCAGAGGAAGAGGCUCUGCUGCUCGCCGCUGUAGACUGGUCGCACACUGAUGAUGAUGUCACUGCUCAAAAAGCUCUGAAGCACAGAAGAGUCAAACAUUAUGGUUUUGAAUUUCGCUAUGACAACAACAAUGUGGACAAAGACAAGCCGUUACCUGCAGGUCUACCUGAGGAGUGUCAGUCUGUUCUGCAGCGGUGUGUGAAGAACGGACACAUGGAGAUCAUGCCAGACCAGCUGACUGUCAACCAGUAUGAGUCUGGACAGGGUAUUCCUCCUCAUGUGGACACUCACUCUGCCUUCGAGGACACCAUCCUGUCACUGAGCCUGGGGGCAAAGACGGUGAUGGAGUUCCGCCAUCCUGAUGGUCGUGUUGUUCACGUGCUGUUGCCAGGACGAAGCCUCCUGGUGAUGAAAGGAGAGAGCAGAUACCUCUGGACCCAUGGGAUUACUCCUCGGAAGUUUGACAUGGUGCCAGCCUGCGACCCACAAUGCCCUGCUGAUGCAAUGUCUAACCCCGGAACCAACAGCAAUCUCACCCUGAGCAAGAGGGGCACCCGCACUUCUUUCACUUUCCGCAAGAUCAGACAUGAACCCUGCUGCUGUGCCUUCCCUUCUGCCUGUGACAGUCAGGGAGCUCCCUCAGUACCCUCAACCUCUCCACCAUCUCCCCCCUCACUUCCUUCUUGCCACACCGACGCAGCCCGUCUGGAGGAGGAGUAUGUGCACCAGGUGUACAACGCCAUCGCCUCCCACUUCAGCAGCACUCGUCACUCCCCAUGGCCUCGUGUCUGCCACUUCCUGUCCUCGCUCCCACCUGGAAGCGUGCUAGCUGAUGUGGGCUGUGGAAAUGGGAAAUACCUGGGUGUCAACCCAGAGGUGAUUGCUGUGGGUUGCGAUCGUAGUAGUGCUCUUGUCCAAAUCUGUGCAGAGAGGGGUUUCCAGGCGUUUGUGUCGGACGCCCUCAGUGUCCCGCUACGAACAGCCUCCUGCGACGCCUGUAUCUCUAUAGCUGUCAUACACCACUUUUCCACACAGGAGCGUCGGCUGGCAGCAGUGAGGGAGCUGUUAAGACUCCUGAAGUCUGGAGGUCGAGCACUCAUCUAUGUUUGGGCUUUUGAACAGGAGUACAAGCAGCAGAAGUCCAAAUACCUCAAAGACUACAACAAAGAGCAUCCUGGGAACCACAGCCCAAACAACAGCAUAUCAGAAGACAGCCAGGGCCCUGACAGACACUUAGAAGACAACAACAAAACACACACAGAGAACUACAGGCCUGUAGACGACAUACCAGAUUCUGGCAAAGUGACUGAUGGGAAACUUCGCGUGCACACAAAUCGCACCGCCUUUAACACUCAGGACCUUUUAGUUCCCUGGCAUCUGAAAAAAGGAGGAGGAAGAGGGGAGGGAGAGUCAGGAGAAGGUGUGAAGAGGGAUAAAAGGAAAGGAAAGUCCAAAACGAUUUCUGAUAGAUCUUGCCCAAACAGUCUUAACUCCAACCAGGAGCCUGACUCCAUGGCAGUUUGCAAGUCUGAACCCAGUCCAAGUAAUGACACAACUCAGGCGUCCAGCUGCGGUCUGAAGUCAGAGCCUGAGAGCGGCUCGGCGCCUGUCUUCCACCGCUAUUACCACGUGUUCCAGCAGGGGGAGCUGGAGCAGCUGUGUGUUCAGGUGGCUGGAGUCAAAGUGCAGAGCAGCUACCACGACCAGGGAAACUGGUGUGUCAUAUUAGAGAAGGAAUGAGGGAGACGAACUGACCGAACAAUAUAUGAAUUCUAUAAUGAAUCAUGACGAUUAAUACUAUGUAGCCAGAGACUAAAUUAAAGAAUCUUACAAAACAAACCUAAGCAAGUGAUGCAAAAUAAAUAUAAAGAUUUUACCAAAUGAC